AUGGUGGCUUGUUACCCAGGCAAUGGAACAGGAUAUGUGCGCCAUGUUGAUAAUCCAAAUGGAGAUGGAAGAUGUGUUACCUGUAUAUAUUAUCUUAAUAAAGACUGGGAUGCCAAGGUAAGUGGAGGCAUCCUUCGGAUAUUUCCAGAAGGUAAAGCCCAAUUCGCUGAUAUUGAACCCAAAUUUGAUAGACUUCUAUUCUUCUGGUCUGAUCGCCGCAACCCUCAUGAAGUACAGCCAGCAUUUGCUACAAGGUACGCAAUAACAGUGUGGUAUUUUGAUGCAGAUGAAAGAGCACGAGCUAAAGUAAAAUAUCUAACAG